AUGCAAAAACUGAAAUUGCAGAAGAAACUAGCCGGAUGUCACGUGUCGGGCGGUGUUUCAAACCUAUCGUUUUCAUUUCGAGGCAUGGAGCUGAUUCGAGAGUCGCUGCAUUCAGUGUUUUUGUAUCAUGCGAUUAAGAGUGGACUGGAUAUGGGCAUCGUGAACGCUGGAGCGCUGCCGCUAUACAGCUUGAUACCUGAGGAGUUGUUGAAAAUUUGUGAGGAUUUAUUGUGGAAUAGAGACCCUCAAGCCACGGAAAAGAUGCUGAAAUUGGCGCAAACGUUGAGCAAUCCGGACAAAAAAGAAAAUUUGGAAACUGAUGCAUGGCGCAAGGAAACUGUCGAGAAAAGACUUGAAUACGCAUUGGUUAAGGUGUGCGAUUAA